AAUUUCAGCAUUUCUCAGUCGUUGACAGCCAAUUCUCGUGUUCAGUCGGUUAGUCUCAAGUUUAUCCAUAAAAUCUAUAAAAGUAAACCUUAAAUAAAACAAAAAAUAAUACUUGAAUUAAAAAAGUGUGUGUAAACAUUGAAUCCAUGAGAUACAUCUCUGAUCAAUUGGAAUCAAUUUAUCUGCAUUGAAGUUUCUACGUGUGUGGGAUAAUAUUAAUAUCGCCACUAACGUUGCCAAAUUGAAUAAACAAUCAAAGAUACACCUGCCCAUUAUUAAAAUCUCUUUGCAAUCAAAACCAAGCGCUUCAGUAGAACCAGGAUAACUCUGCUUUAGCCAAAAUCAUCGUAACAUAGAAAAAAAGUGAUUUCAUUUGUUGAUUUCGACACAAAAAAGAUAAAAGCCAAAAGUGUAUCUAUGAAAAUCCCAAGUGCAUUUUGUGGUCAUAUGUUUAUCAUCAUUUAUCAUUCUUCAGAUACAAAUCGAUGUAUACCUUUGUAAACAAUAAAAACUCAAAAUAUUCAUAAAAACCUACAAAAUAAAAUUGUCAUUAAGUCUCCAAGUUCUUCCGAAUUAUUAAAAAUUGAUUUUUAAACAAAAAAAAUAAUAAAAUAAAAUUGCUUAUCAUAUAAACCUAUUAUGGUUGAUAAUAUUAUGUGCAACAAAAAUUUUAAUGUAACGUUUGCAUUUAACAAAAAUGUUUCGAUUUCUAUUUUUGGUGUGACAACAAAUUUUAACCCUCUUGCCUCAUUCGCCAACAAUACCAAGAGCAACAACUACUAUCACAGCAAUAUUAAAAACAUUGUCAAAUUUAUAUCUAAUACUAAAUUAAUUAUUAUUACAAUAAUAUUGUUAUUAAUUAAACAAUUGGACAAAUCGGUCGUCUUCAUCGGUUGUUUAUCGAAAAGAAUAACCAAAUCUGUGACAACGUCAUCAAAUUUAGCUCCAAUAAUAUCAUCGUCAUCAUCAUCAUCAAAAACAACAACAGCAGCAACAACAAAAUCGUCAGCAACAUUUAUAAGUGCUACAAAUAUAACGCGUCUUAUGGGUUUUGCAAUAAAUUAAUUUAAAAAGUGUUAAAAAAAAUACUUAAAGAUAUAAAAAAUAUUAAUUCGACACGACGCACGACGAGAAAAUAUAUUAUUAUAAUAUAUUCUUUUGCAACAAGUGUUGUAGUGUUUUUGUAGUAAAUGUUUAGCAACAUCAAACUGUGGUGUAUCCACUUUCCUAUUUAUUUCUCAAAAUUUGUGGUGUUUUUUGUGUGAAAAAGAAAGAUAAAAGAAAAAAUAAAAAUAAAUCUCCCCACUCUCUCUGAAACUCAAAUAUAUAAUAUAUAAUAUAUUAUGAAGUAAUGAGAGAAAGUGAUAAAGAUUAAACAACAGCUAUCAAAUCAGAAAGUGCUAAAGAGUGUUUUAAAACAAUACUUCCGGUGUUUUUCACUCACAAAAAUUGUUUUUUUAUAUUUUAUUUAAGAUCAAAAAUAAAAUAAAAUUUUUAGUGAAGUACAAAAUUAUAAUCUUGUCAAAAUUAAUUCUUCAAUUUGUAUCCGGUUUUUCUUUUAUUUUUUUUUUAUUUCUAAUUCUUUUUUAAAAAAUAAUAAAAAUAAUGUCAACUGGUAGGCGAUUGGCUAAACGUUCGAUUAUCGGUACAAGAGUUUGUGCACCGGGUCCAGACGGUUUGUGGUAUUCGGGCGUUAUUCAAGACGUUAAAACGCCCCCCAGCACAUCGCAGCCAAGUGAAAAUAAUAAUUGCAUCAAUUUAACACCGGACACAAAAUAUACGGUGCGUUUUGAUUUUAAAACAACGUCAUCGGCGACAGCAGCGGCAACGGCGGCCUCAUCAACAACAAUGCAACAACAAUCAAACGAUAAUCAUAAAGGUUCUAUAGUGCCAUCGCCAUUGGCAGGAACCGGUACCGGAAACGGGGUACGGGCAAUAUCUCCGGCUCCAUCUUCAUCUUCAUCUCCAUCUCCAUCGUCUUCGUCUUCAUCAUCGUCGGUGUCGGUAUCGGUAUCGUUAUCAAAUUCGUCGGUACUUUCAUCUCCGGGUCGUUGUAAUGUUGGCAAUACUGGUGGUGUCAUAAUGGACGCCCGUCAACAUAGCAUCCGUUCGUCAAAUUUGCUCAUAAAUAGCCCAGCACAAUCUUUACGUCGCAGUGUAAUGAUGAAGGAAUUUCGUGAAACGGAUUUGAUUGGGCCCGGUUUUCGGUCGAUUAUGGAAGUUCAAUUGCAUCCAAGUCAACGAGUAUUUUUAACUUAUAACGGACGAGAAACUUCGGGUGAUGUUGUUAGCCAUGAUUUGGCCAAGGACGAAGUUAUUGUUAGGAUUAUGCAUAUUGGAAGUGAGGAACCAAUUGAAUUAAAAAAGCGCCUUGAAGAGGUACGUCUAUUGGAAUCAAGAAGAUCGGCACGUUUAGCCGAUCAAGAUCGUGACACAAACUUUGCUCGUUUAGCCGAUAUGGGAGGUGAUCGUCGUCGAACUUCGUCAAAUAAUAUUGAUGUGCCAUCAGCACCACAGCAUAACUCACGUAAACGUAGGCCAUCAUAUACACAAGAAGAGCGUGAUAACUAUUUAACUCAAUGCCGGGAUGAUGACGAAAUCAAAUUAUGCAAUGCUGCUUUGGUACUUAUGCAUCUCUCUGGAUCUCCUCUCUCACCUAAAGAUAAUUUAAACUCAAUACUCGGUUCAAGUCCAGGCAGUUCAAGUGCAUGGAGUUCUGGUUCAUCAUCGCCACCAUUAAGCGAUGAUGGUAAAAUAUUUGCAAAUCAUUUGCUGGAUAGCGCACGUAUGCGAACAACAUCGCUGUCCACGUCGGAUGAGGGCAUUGUUAUGGAUUAUAGUGACGAUGCUCCACGUAAAAGAAGGGUUAGUGAAGGACAUUCCUCAGUUCCCCGGCGGGAGCCAAAACCGGUAAACAAACGUAUUUUCAAAUGCACCUGGAGAGGAUGUGAUUUCACAGAAAAGACUUCCUCAAAUAUUGAAAGACACGUUCGUGAUGCUCAUAUUGGCCCUAAAAAAGCUCGACGGUCUGUCGAAGAUGAUGGUUCAUUCUCUGAUAGUGAUCACGAAGAAGAAUUUUACUAUACAGAAAUUGAAGACGAAGAUGAUGAGGGAAAAGCACCCAGUCCGCCAUCACCGCCAACACUCAGCCAUCGCGAUAUGGCACGUCCACCACACGAAGAUCCCGAAUACCAAAGACAAAUUGUUGGGAGUUUCAAGCAAGGAUUAGCACAACCUCAUUUGGUCAAUUCAAAAUAUAUACACAUCAGUAACAAUGGCGCUAACAACAACCAACAAAAUCAAUAUAAUACUUCAAACACAAUAAGUAUUCCAUCGUCUCCAUUAGCCCAUCACAAUUAUACAUGGCCAUCGCCAGUGCCAGCACAACAGCAACAUCAUCCACAGCAGCCACAGCAACAACAGCAACAACAACAACAAAAUCAACAACAACAACAGAGUCCGGUAUCACCAAUAAAACACCCACGUUGGUCACCACGUCCGUCCACAUCGGUUGCACCAUAUCCAUCACCAACUUAUGUUCAUCAUCAUCAUCACAACUACAGCAGCAGCAGUAGCAGUAGCAGUUGUAGUAGUGCUGGUAGCCCAAAUAGCACUAGUAGCCAUAUAAACCAUCAAAUGCCACAUCAGACGAUAAAUCACCAUCAAUCAUCAUCUGUUUCAUCACAUCAGCCAAACCAGCAGCAACAACAACAACAACAUCACCAACAACAGCCACAUUAUCACCAACUGAUGCAACACAGUAUACCAAACUCAACAACGGUGACUCUUAGCCCUAAUAUUCACCACACCGGUAACAAUCAGCAACACCAACAGCAACACCAACACCACAAUCACCAACAACAACAGCAACAUCACCAUAAUCACCGAAUGCAGACUUCCUCCUCGCCGGCCACAAUAACUGCCACAGUAACAACGACCCAUCGAUUACAAUCCCCUAACAUCCAAUCAAAAUCUAAAGGUACACCAAACUCACCAAAUCGCAGAACUCGUGGUGAAAAUAAAAAAUGUCGCAAGGUGUACGGCAUGGAGCGUCGCGAACAAUGGUGCACCCAAUGCAAAUGGAAAAAGGCUUGCAGUAGAUUUGGCGACUGAAGGCGGCCUAAAUCGUCAGUGACAAAAGUUCCGGGACAAAAAAAGAACAAUAUAAGUAGUAGUUGUGGCAGCAGUAGCAAUAACACCAAUAGCAACACCAACACCAAUAACAACACCAACACCAAUACCACCAAGAGAAUUAACAACAAAACUAAAAAAACUGCGACAAUAUGUUUGGCAACAGCGGUGGCAACAUCCGUCAUUGUCCAUCAUCCAUCAUCAACAACAACGGUGCAGAAAACAAACAUACCUACUACUCCAACACUGGCGAUUGUGAAUAAUAUUAACAACAAUUCAAAUAUCGGUAAUAACGGUAAUAUGAUGAAUAUGAAUAUGAAUCAAAAUCAAACAGAGUCCCCGCCGCCGCAAACAGAUGGCGCAGUUAAGUUCUACAAUAAUUCACUGUUAAAUUAAAUCAAUUAAUGUAUUUAAUUUUUUAAUUAUCAUGUUUUUAGUUUAAUUUUUGUUCUUUCUUUUGUUUUUUUUUUUUUAAUUAAUUGAUAUAUAAACUAUCAUAGCGACGAACGGUAGUUGGCGUAUCAAUUAAUAUACCUCUCCUCUUCUUGAAAUAUAUUAUAUAUUUAUUAUUACUUUUUUGUUUUAUCAUAUUUUUUAGUUUUUAAGACUUUAGACAAAUUUUUUUGCACUGUUUUUAUUAUUAUUAUUAUUAUUUUAUUAUGUGUACUCUUUCGUGCAUUAUAUAGAUAAUUUUUUGAUUAAGUUAAACAAAACAAAAAUAACAUAAAUAAAUAUAAAAAAACAUACUUUUCUUAGUUUUAAAUAUACACGUGAGUACCUCUGAAUAGAUAAAAAGGUAACAGAAAAAAAGAUUUAAACAAAAUAUUUAAAUAUACACAUACAUAUAAAAUAAAAAAAUGAAAAAGUUAAAAAAAAACAAACAAACAAAUAAAUAAAUACAAUUAAAAAAAAUAGACAAAAACUAAACAAAGUAACGUUCUUUGAAGAGUAUAAAAAUCUUAUUUUGUUCGUAUCUCUUUAUUAUACAAAAUCAUUUCUGUUAAAAAUCUGUGUUGAAAAUUUAAAUUUAUUAACAAAAACAACAAAACACCUAAGCAAUUGACCGGCUACUAAAGUUUUUAAUAAUUUGAAAUAACUAACAACUAACAAAAAAUAGCCUGCAAUAUAAAAAUUAAAACAAAAUAUUUUUGAUUAAUUUACAAAAUAUAAAACAUAAAAUACUUUAUAUACAAUUAUAUAUAAAAAAAAAACAAACAAAAAUAUAUAUCUAUAUAAACUACAUACAGUUAAGAGAAUAAAAAUUGUUUGAAAUUUAUUAUUAAUACAUAUUUCGGUAUAUCAGUUUUUGAUUUUAUGUACAGUAAAGAAUAAAUCUUUAAAAGGGUAAAAUGUAUAUCUACAAAUAUAAAGAUAAAACAGAGCCAUAAACAUGAAGUACAACUUUUCUCUAUAGUAACAAUUAACUAUUAAGUAUGUACAUACAAAAUAAUGAGUUCUUAUAAAACAAUUUUUAAUUUUUGUUACACGAAAUAGAAAUUUUAACAACAAAAAACUCUGAAGAAUAAAUAUACAAAUAAAACAAAAAGAAACCCACCAAUUAGUAUUAUUAGCAAAACAAACGAGCGUUUUACAUACGAGUUUGAUCUCAUUUAUAUAUUUUUCUUUUUUCAAUUUUAAUAUUUAUUUGCUAACCUAGAAAAUGUUUUAAACAACAACAAAAAGCAAAAAUCAAAAAACAAAAAACUCAUUGUUUUCUCAGAAAAAGUUUUUUAUCUUCAGAAAUGUUGACAGAAAAACAUGAUACUAACAACAAAAUGACAUAUGUACUACAAAUCUUCCCAAAAGAUGUCGCUUUAAAAAUUGACAUUAAAGUUGUAAGAAUUAUAGAGCUACUCCAUAGUUGUUUAUGUGUCAUUCUUACUUGCAGCGCUGUCAUUGUAAGUUGCAUGCAACUUUGAGGUUUAAUAAGUUGACAUUUUCAAGAAGUGCUACCUCCAGCUUUGCAGUUUUCUCAAAACAAUUAUUAAAACAAACAAAAUGAGCUUCUUAAAUUAUUCUGUAAAAGGGAUAAGUAAGUUUAUAAAAAUAUUUGAAUUGCAUCGAAUGCUGGGAAACAUAGCAAUAAUAAUUUUGUGCAAUGAAAAACAUUAUUGAUUUUUUUAAAUGUGUAUUAUAUAAUAAUUGUCUUCCACUUUCACAAAAUUGUAUGUGAUUAUUAAUUUUGUUUUGCUGUUAAGUUUAAAAUUUUGAAAAAAUAAAACAAAACAAAAAACUUUUAUUUAAAAUACAUUCUAAGUUUAUGCGCUCUGUUUUGUUUUUAUAUAAAUAUUAGAUAUUAUCUUGAGGCAUAUUUACAAUAAUUUAAUAUAUUUUGAAAUUAUUAAAAAAAAAUGUCAUUAUCAUUUUUGUAAUAUUAUAUUUUUGACAAUUCAAUUUUCUCUUCAAUUUUAUAAUGUUUGUGCAUAAACAAAUAUAAAUAUUUUUUUUAAAUUACUUUUUUGUAUAGGUACGUUAUAUAAUUUGUUUUUUGUAUUUUUUUUGAGCUAAGGAAGCUAUAUCUUUUUAACUGCCUUCAAUAUUGAACAAAAAUUUCCAAUGUGUGUAAAAUAUUUAAUAAAGAUUCAAGUCCACUCAGAGGACGUUUACAGGCCAACAUUUAUUUUUGUUUAUUUUUAUUUUAUUUAAUUUUUUUUUCACUUUUAUGUAAAUAUGACUUUUUGAAUUUUUCAUCGUGUGUGGUGAUUUUUCUUAAAGAAGUUUUAAAAUUUACCUGAAAAAAGCUAAUUUUCAAAACUGAGUGACAACAGACUUUAAGAUGCAUGUGAAGUUUCUAUUUUCUGAAGCAUACAAACAUUUUUAAAAAUGCUGUUGGAUAAAUUGCACAUUUUUUUCAAAAGUUUCCGGUUGGAAAAUUAAAAAUUGUUUUAUUCAAAACUAAGAAUUUGUUUAAGUUUUAUGUCUCGAAUAGAGUUCACGGUCCCUGAAAGUUUAUUAUAAAUAAAGGAAUUGUGUAGUACCUUGGCAUGAUGGUUAGUGCGUUGGACUGUCAUGCCAGAGGUCUUGGGUUCGAUCUCUGCCUAUGCCAUUUAAAGUAUUUUCACGGGUACUGCCUCUUGCGAGGAAUUGACAAAUUCUCCAAGUGUAAUUCUUGACAUGAAAAAGUGCUUUUUCAAAUUAGCCGUUCGGAUUCGGCAUAUAAACUGUAGGUCCCCUCCAUUCCUGACAACAUUACUCGCACACAGGAAUGGUUAAGAGUUGUAAGUCACUAGGCUUUGUUCUCAGCGGACUGUAUCGCCAUCCAAUUUAUUUAUUUAAAGGAAUUAUGUGUUUAUUCAAUACAUUUUUUUAAAUUGAGUAAACCUUAUUCUUUGAGUAUGGCCUAGAAAUGUUUUUCUUAAAAAAUAAAGAUUUUUCACUGAUUCGUUUAAAUCCCAAGUGUAGUAAUAAAAGAACUAAUGGCACUUUUAAUUGUUUUCAUUGUUCAAUUGUUUAUUUCUAAAAAUAUACAAUGGUAAAUGAUAACAAAAAGAGGCUCUACUUAAAUACUUUUCGAAGGUGAGUAAAAUCAAUAUUUGAUAGCUAAAGAACACAAUUGUUUUUAUAGUUAUUUUCAAAAACUCACAGUAGUUUCGGGAUAUUUUUCUUUCAAAACCUCACUCAUCCGAAAUUGUAUACAAAUUAAGGAAUAAAAUAUUGUAAAUCGGAUGGUUUUUGGGAGCUAUAAGAUGCUUUGUUAUUGGCUCUUUGAAAGGUAAGCUCGAAGUUGACGAAUUGGAGGUAGUACUCUUGAAUGAGGAAACGCGUUAAUAAAGUCAAAUUUUACAAAUAAAUUUUGCGUCAGAAAAUAUCAGCAUCAGUUUUACUAUAUUGAAAGAAUAGGCUAUAAAUUUCAAAACAUUCACUUCAGAGUUUAAUUUUGUAUUGACUAACUAACUAAAUUUAAUUUUGAAACGUGGGCCUUUGGUGCAAAAAGAACACACAUAUGAAGUAUGACAACAGAAUCCAUUUUAUUUUAACUUUAUUUGUUUCAUAAAAUUAAUAAAAUAUUUUACAUACAUAUUAAAAGUAUUUUGUUCAAGAAGUCAUCUUCUAAAUUAUUAUAAUUACAAUAUUUCAAUGUUAUAAAUAUGCCUCAUUAAUAUUAACAGCUACAGUUUUUGUUUAAUUUUAGUUUUAAAUUUUUUGAAAAUGCAAAGAAAUGGUCCUAAGUGUGAACAAUGAUUCCUGAAUGUUUUUUGAUAGAUAUUCAUAUUUAUAUCUCAUAUUCAUACACAUUAAAACCUACAGAGAGAAACAAAUACAAAAAGAUUAAUGGUUUUCGACAGAAAUUAUUUAAUGAAAAUAGUUAAUAUAGAUAUAUACAUACAUACAAACAAAACUGGACAGAGAAUAGAAAAA